AUGAGUGUGCAAAAACAUGAGAAAGUUCAACUAACAGUAUACGAAGCAGAUGUAGUUAAAUUAAUUUUGGAAUUUUUGGAAAAACGUGAUCUAGCCAUCUCUAUGUUAGCCCUAGAACGAGAAACUGGACAAGUAAAUGGACCAUUCAAUGAAGAUAUACUAUUCUUUCGUCAAUUAAUUUUGGAAGGUCAUUGGGACGAUGCACUUGACUAUUUGGAACCAUUACGAGGUCCACCUGUUGCGUUAGAUCUAAGGAAGCCCCGAUUUUUAUUAUUAAAACAUAAGUAUCUAGAAUUAUUGUGUCUACGUGAUGUAACUAACUUGGAUGGGAAUAAUUCAGCUAAUGGGACCACCGGUGUUAAUGUUAACGAAAGUAAUAUAGAUCAUGGUGUUGAACAGGUUAUUGAUUGUUUGAAACAGUUAGAACCUGAAUGUGAAACUCAGGCAGAAUAUCGUGAUUUAACUCUUUUGUUAACUUUAACACGAUUAGACCAACAUCCGGAUUAUCGCUAUUGGAAUCCAAGUUUAGGCCGUUUACAAUGCUUUAAUCAGAUCUAUCCGCUCUUGCAACCAUUUAUUCAACUUAGUAAACAUUCAUCUAGUGGCCAGGCAUCAACUGAUGAAAAUGCUCGUGGUGACCGACUUUUACGAUUACUUGUUAAAGGUUUACUAUACGAAGCCUGUGUAGAUUACUGUGCUCUUAUGGCAACAGAACGGAAAGCUCAAAUGCAGAUAACUGGAAUGCUUGGAGGUGAUUUAGACGAAGAAGAAGAAACUGAACGUCUUUACAAUCAGAACAUUUCUUUACAUACUACACAAAACAAUGAAAUAAAUCAACGAGCACAUAGUCAUUCUACUAGUCAUUGUCGUCAACCUGUUGCACCGGAUUUAUCAUUAAAUUCAUGGCUUCAAUCAUUGAAACCAGUGAAUUUUAGUCAACCAUUUCAAUCAUAUGAAUUAGAUUUGAAAGUACAACCAAUUAAUCGACCAACACUUGAAUCUAGUUUAUGGCCAGAACAUAUAUUAACUCAACCUACUGUGAAACCACUCGUAUUUCCUUAUACUCACAUACCAGAAUCAAAUACCAUAAUGGGAUCGAGUAUUCAGCGUUCAGUAUUAUCAAUACAUAAUCCAGCUUUAAAAGAGCCCAUCUUCAAGGACCUAGUGGUGAAUUAA